GCUAUCCCAUAAAAUGCGCCGAAUGCGCGACGAUUCCAGCAGUUCAUCAUCAAUAUCUAGACCGUUCAGUUCGAGAUACUUUUUGCCAGCGAAAUGAGAAAAUUCCUGAUCUUUGUGGCCUUGUGCGUCAUUUGCCAAGCCGCUCCCUCAAACAUCAAAGGAGAAACUUUGAAAUUGCACUUGUCUCGCGAGAAACGCAAUGAGGAGCAUGGUCAUGGUGGUCCCCCUGCCAUUAAACCCGAUUCAGUGAAGGCUCGCGAGUCACUCCAACAUCAUGCUGGUCUCCCUAUUGCGGAGGAACAUGGUCACGGUGGUCCGGCUCCAAUUAAACCCCAUUCGGUGCUGGCUAGCGAGGGAUUGCAGCACAAUUCGGAGCAUGGCAAACAAAUUGCCGAGACUCUAAUCGCCCACGAAGCUGGCCACAAACAUGCCAAGCGUGACAUUCCCGUGCCGACUGAAAUCAAGACCACCGCUGCUCCCAAGGAGGAUGCGGCCAAAGAGCCCGUUGCACCCAUCGAGGCUGUGGCACUCCCCGAGAAGGUUCCCUCAGCCAGUCCGGCUUCAGAUGUGGGCAGCACAACCCCUCACGGUCCAUUGCGUCAUCGUCCAGUGCCAGUUGCUGAGCUGUUCAACAAGGCCAAGCCUGGCAGCUCCGAGGAGGAGAGCAAGGAGAGCGCGGAGAGCAAGGAGAGCAAGGAGACCAAGGCAUAAAUUGAAUCUUGUAUUAUGUAAUCUACGCUUUUUCCCUUCAUAAAUUUUGAAGUCACGUGAUGCGAACGCGAACAAAUGCCAAAUAAAUAACAAAAUAUUUACAAA